AUGAAGGCCACGAAGCUCAUCUCCGCCCUGUCAGCACUCGCCCUAGUGCAGGCACAGCAACUCGACAAGCCAGCCCUAAGCGACGACCUCGACUACCUGAAGGAGGGCAACACCAACGCCCUGCCCAUCCGCACCUCCACCAUCUCGCAAUGGCCCGCCGGCUCCAUCCCCAAGGACUGCAAGGAGCUCGCCGAGGGCGAGGACCACUCCGCCUCCGACAUUGAGGUCUACGAGGUCAAGUACUCCGACUGCGGCGACGCGUGGCUCUUCUGCCGCCACAAGGAGGUCGAGGUCGACAUCGAAAAGGCCGCUGAGACUUUCUCGCGUGUGCCCCUUCGCAUGCGCGACUGGGUCCGCCAGGUCCUGCUCUUCCCGGGUUCGAACUCGGCGUUUGCGAUCAAUGGUAAUGUCGCUUUCAUCGGUACGACCGCUGAGAACGUCGAUGUCAUGCUCCAUGAGACCGGGCAUGGUGUUGACGGCUUUGCUGCCUUUGGCGAGAACCUUAGCUCAAGCGAGGGCUUCCUCGACGCGUACGAUAGCGACACCCACGUCCCCGACAACUACGCGCGCUCCAGCCAGGCCGAGAACGUCGCGCAGAACAUCGUCGUCGCCGUCUACGACUCCAACGUCGAGGGCGGCUUCCCCGGCGCCCAGCCCAACUCCGACGCCAUCUCGCACCAGUACGAGUACAUCAAGAAGCUCGGCGGCGAUGCCCUCAAGCCCGCUGGCCCUGGUGAGACGUGCGACCGCCACCUCGAGAACUCCGAGACGGUCCAGAUCGACUCUGCCGGUGAUGUCUCGAAUGUUAGCUCUAGCACUUCUUCUGCUACGCCGACUUCGUCUGCUACUCCUUCUUCCUCUGCUACGCCUUCGUCGUCUGCUUCGGCUUCGCCUACCCCCAGCUCGUCUUCGGGCCAGUCGGUGGUUUUCCGUCGCGCUUACAAGCCUAACAGCGUCUUCCGCCGCGAGUACCCCAACAUUGUCCGCGACUUUGAGCCUUUCGAGUUCCGUGAGACUUUUUAA